AUGAGUUCAUCUAAAUCAUCUGCAUCACCAAGCACAGAGGGAGGAUUCUUCUUUUUCCAAGUGUGUGUAUGGACUGCUGCUGGGAUCUCCAUCUUACUUCUCAGUGCCUGCUUUAUCACCAGAUGUGUUGUGACAUAUCACAUCUUUCAACUCUGUGAUGAGGAAAAGUUUCAGCCACAUGAGAAUAUCACAGAAAUCUCCUGUAACAAUGAUGGCUCAGGUUCCAUCAAGAAUUGUUGUCCAUUGAACUGGAAACAUUUUCAAUCUAGUUGCUACUUCUUUUCUACUGACACCAGGACCUGGUCAGCAAGUUUAAAUAACUGUUCAGCCAUGGGAGCGCAUCUGGUGAUUAUCAACACGCCGGAGGAGCAGGAAUUCCUUUUCCAUACAAAACCUAAAAAGAGAGAGUUCUACAUUGGACUGACAGACCAGGUGGUUGAAGGCCAGUGGAAAUGGGUGGAUGGCACAUCUUUAGAAAAAUCUCUGAGCUUCUGGGAUGUAGGUGAGCCCAACAACAUAGCUACAGUAGAGGACUGCACCACCAUUAGAGACUCUUCAAAUCCAAGGAAAAAUUGGAAUGAUGUACCUUGUUUCUUUAACAUGUUUCGGAUUUGCGAGAUGCCAAAAAGAAAUAUUUUGAAAAAUUCUCUUCUAAGAAGAGAAAGCGCAACUUGA